AUGGAAGUCCUGGAUGACCGCCACGACGACCGCCACGACGUGGCGAGCGACCGCGACAGGCCGGCCAUGCCGGGUGGUGCGCCCGGCGCCAGACCAGCGGCCGGGGGGCCGCAGGGCAACACUGUGAAGCAGACCCGGGCGGCCGCCACGGCAGCAAUGAGCAACAUCAAGGCCGCGGCUGCUGCCAUCAAGGCGGCGCCCGGCGUCGGGGAGCGCGUCGCCCGGGCUGGGCCGCUGCAG